GUUGUCAUUCCUAUGUCAUUGUGAUCCUGUCCCCCACGUCUCUGUUGUCCUAUUGUCGUUUACAAACACAUAUUUUUAAUAUUCAAAUACAUAUAUAUAUAUAUAUAUAUAUAUAUAUACAUAUAAGCCCAAGGCAUAAAUAUGUCUUUGGUCCCAAAUUAUGACGAUUCAUCAAAUUCUAGCAACUUAAGUUCCUCAGAUUCCGAAAAAGAGACUACUUGCCCAACAGACAAAAAAGAGCCAGUGCAAAAGCCCAAACUCCUUCCUACACCAACAUUCAAUUGUUCAAAGAACAUUUCCACCGAAGAGACAACUUCCGUAUUCAAAAAUCCAUUUCUUGAAGCAGAAAAUGCCAAAGAGGCUAUUUUACAGAAGCAUGUUAAAAUGGUGGAUGUAAAGGAUAAGAUAGAUUAUAUCAACGGGAAGAAGAUUUGCUGGAAUUACAGGUUUUACCCCUUCUGCACUAAUUUCUCUCCCAAGGUAUUCUAUUGUUGUUUCCAGAAAUACACAUUUGCUGAUUUUCAAGAAAAGGACGCUGUCGAUUUGGCCACAACUGUAAAUUUGCACAUGACUCUGACGUUCAAAAAACUGAAGAGCAAAUUCAAGCUGAAAAUGAAAAGGCUGUCAAAAAUGCAGUUGUGUGUCAAAACAUACCACAGAUAGGACUAGCAGUAGAGCAGUCACAAUUAGAUGAAGAAGAAAAUGGAACAAGCAAGAAACGGAAAAGGCCGGGUCUAUCGCAAAGUUUGGUACCUGGGAAAAAGGUCAUGAAGCAGUAUUACAACACUAAGACUUAGCUUACAAUCAAAAUCAUUUAUAUUACAAUUUAUAAAGUACACAAAUGUUUCACAGUUAACAAAAGUACAAAUUUUAAGAAUUCUCUGUUAUAUCUAUUUAUAUUUAUCUGAAUAAGUGUGACAUGUUAUAUAUACAACUGUUUGUAUAUAUUGAUAGUGAUUCAGGAAUAAAUUUUCAGAUUUUAAAAA